UUGGUACAUGUUGGUGAAACACACAUAAAGAGACUAUUCAGGAAUGGUGGAUCACUUGCUUCCUGCGGAUGAAACUUUCUCAUCCACCAGGCCCUCAAUUGGAUACUUUGGGGACAUGACAGCUGUUGGGAGGUCAUACCAAAUGCUGCCUUCACCAGUGUCUGAAGAUGAUAGUGAUUCCUCAAGUUUUUGUUCUUGUUCAAGCCCAGAUUCACAGGUUCUAGGCUCCAGCUAUGGGAGUUCAUCAAAUGCUGAGAAUCAGGACAGUAUCUUGGACUAUUUGUUGUCCCAGGCAUCUUUGGGGAAUGGCCAUGCUUCUUGGUGGGAUAAAAGGAGACUUCAGCCCAUUGUGAAGGAGGAGAAUUUUAGAAUGCCUGAGUUCACAGUGGAGAUGGAAGAUUCUGGACCAUUCCAGCCCACCCUUGAGGAGAUAGAGGAGUUUCUGGAAGAAAACAUGGAGACCGAUCUCAAAGAAGGACCUAAGAGUGAGACCAAAGAUAUGAGAGCUUGCAGCCAAAUUACUGUAGCUUCCAUACAGCAAAAAGACCAGAUGGUACCAAGUGUUACUUUAAAAGACAGUAAAAAUGAACAGUCAGAUGGUGCAAUGGAAGGCAGCCAUACGUCUAACGGAGCAAUGUCCCUUGAUGGAGGGAUACCAGUCAUGCUCCAGAUCCAACAAGUUCAAGUUAAGCAAACGUCAGAUGUGAGCCCUAGUUCGCAAGGACCGGUGCAAGAAAACAUUAAAGUUGCACAGCUCUUGGUCAACAUCCAAGGACAAACUUUUGCAUUGGUGCCACAACUUGUUCAAUCAUCCAACUUGAACUCAUCUUCCAAAUUUGUCCGCAUAGCUCCAGUUCCGAUAGCUGCAAAACCUAUUGGUCCAGGAGGUACAAUGCAGGGUCAAAAUGGGGUCAUCAUGGGUCAGAAGUUUCAAAAGAAUCCUGCAGCAGAACUCAUUAAAAUGCACAAAUGUACUUUUCCUGGAUGUACCAAGAUGUACACUAAAAGCAGCCAUUUGAAAGCCCAUCUAAGAAGGCACACAGGGGAAAAACCCUUUGCAUGUACUUGGCCUGGCUGUGGAUGGAGGUUCUCACGAUCAGAUGAACUUUCUCGACAUCGACGUUCCCAUUCUGGAGUGAAGCCCUAUCAGUGCCCUGUGUGUGAGAAGAAGUUUGCACGAAGUGACCACCUGUCCAAGCAUGUCAAAGUCCAUCGAUUUCCACGAAGCAGCCGCUCAGUGCGCUCAGUCAAUUGAUGUAUCCGGUUCAGUCCGUCCCACCAUGCCUCUAAGAACUGCCACAAGCAGCAUUUGUUCCUUUCUUGUGAUAAUUUAUUUGUCUACAUAUAACCGCUGCCAUUAGGACAUCACAUGUGCCUCUUCUUUC